UCAGAGCGCUGUAUAUAAGCGACUGCAGACAGGCUUGAAAUAGGCACUUCAACCAUGGCAGGGUCAGGAUAUACGUUGGUGCUUGCGGCUGUGGCGAUUAUGUCUGCGGAAGCGGUCUCACCGCCUAUCACAGUUGUCCCUGGUCGUCCCAAGAGUGUGUCGCUUGAAAAGUCGGCUCUCUUUUACCUGUGGAAUGAACAACUGGACUACCAAGGAGCUCUACCCGCGGAAAGGGAUACGCAGCCCAUAGGAACUUUGCUGUCCCCUGGCUUUUUCCACGUGGUCAAUUUGGUGCCCCAGGAUGCCCCUCAUCCCCUUUACGUCAAUAGUUACGCUGAACUACGCGCUGCUUUACUCCGCGACCACAUGCUCCAAGACACUGUGGACCCCAAUGAUUCAAGGAUGAAAUCAACCAACGGCCUGACAGCAAAAACCCUCACUGGCAAAUCCGUUGUCUUCAAGAAGGACAAUACAGACAGAAUCACUGUGAACAACAUCCCUGUUGAAAACGUGGAAACGCUGUCUGAGGGGAUAGUAAGCUACACACUGGAUGGCGUCCUGUUUGAUUACGUACAGCAAGUGGACGACGCUUUUCAUGAGUACUUGAGAAACUCGUCGUCUCGGGAUGCACAAGCAUAAGGUGCACAAACGUACAUAUACAAGAAUGCACACACACGCACACACACACAAACACACACACACACACACACACACACACACACAUACACACACACACACACACACACACACACACAUACCGAACAAAAUCCCUACAAGAUAAGCAAAAGGUAUCCAAACAGAAAAAUCACGAAGGAAAGUAGGAAAAGGGGAGAUAACGGAGAUGGAAAAAUCAGUUUUUCGUUAUCUUACUUGGGUUAUAAAUAUGUAUAUACAUUUCAGUACCUUGUCAUAUUUGUUUUUGUUUUUAUUUAAUCACUUAAUUACUCCUGCCAGGUACUUUUGCAUAAUGUAAGAAAAUCAAGAAAAUAAUAACGUGCAGGAUUCCUGUAUAAACAGAUAAUAUUUUCUUCUGUGUGAUUAGUACUGGUUAAACUUAAAAGCAGAGUCAGCAGAUUAUUUACAACCUUGUUUUAUGUAUAGGUCUGACAGAUCAAAAUUAUUCUGUUACUUUUUCACAUAUCAUGUUGACACGUUUAAUCAGACAUUUAAUAUAACCGCUGUUAUCUGACAUAUGCCUAGAAUUCCUUGCACUGGAAUUGAGAAAAUAAAAGUUUUUCACAA